CAGUUAUUCAUUAUUAACUUUUUAUUCAAUUUCCAAUAAUUAUAACUAAUUAAAAUAAACAUUCAAUUUUCACGGAGCUCGCCGUCUCUAUCACCGCCAUUCUUCAGCUUAAACGCGCCUUAUCCUUCUCAUCCCCGCGGCUUUAUUCUGCAAAUCCGUUUAUUAGAGCUAACAAAUUCCGGCGAAAUCUAUCAGAAUCUGCUCUGUCAAUCAUGGCGACUGCUUCAGUUUUAUUGGAUUUGGUCAAAAUUGAGAUUUUUGGUUUGGGAAUUUCAGUGGCUUUCAAAUCAAGGGAGGAUCACAGGAAACAGCUCGAACUAGAGGAGGCGCGUAAAGCAGGUCUUGCGCCAGCUGAAGUGGAUGAAGAUGGAAAGGAAAUCAAUCCUCACAUUCCACAGUAUAUGUCAUCAGCUCCUUGGUAUCUCAAUGCAGAGAGACCGAGUUUGAAACAUCAAAGGAAAUGGAAAUCGGAUCCAAACUAUACAAAGUCGUGGUAUGAUAGAGGUGCAAAGACUUUUCAGGCGGACAAGUACAGAAAGGGUGCUUGUGAAAAAACAAAGAAAGUUGACACUGUGGUUUUAACUCUGACCUUGUGUCCUUACUACAGCUGUGGAGCAAUGACUCAUGGUAAGAAGUCAUGUGUGGAGAGGCCACGCAAAUUGGGAGCUAAGUGGACUGGCAAAAGUAUUGCCCCAGAUGAGAAGAUAGAGUCCUUUGAGCUCGAUUAUGAUGGAAAAAGGGAUCGUUGGAAUGGUUAUGAUGCUGCAUCUUAUAAACAUGUAAUUCAGAUGUAUGAAGCCAGGGAUGAAGCAAGAAACAAAUAUUUGAAGGAGCAACAACUUAAAAAACUGGAAGAGAAAAAUAGCAACCAAAAUAACGAAGAGGGGGUUAGUGAUGAUGAAGAUAACGAUGAUUCACUGAGAGUUGAUGAGGCUAAAGUUGAUGAGAGCAAGCAAAUGGACUUUGCGAAGGUUGAAAAGCGUGUGCGCACAACUGGUGGUGGCAGUACUGGAACUGUUAGGAACCUGCGUAUUAGAGAGGAUACUGCAAAAUACCUUCUUAAUCUAGAUGUUAACUCAGCCCACUAUGACCCGAAGACCCGUUCUAUGCGUGAGGACCCUCUUCCAGAUAUGGAUCCUAAUGAGAAAUUUUAUGCUGGUGAUAACCAAAACAGGAUUAGUGGUCAAGCUUUGGAAUUCAAGCAGCUCAAUAUUCAUGCUUGGGAAGCAUUUGACAAGGGUCAUGACGUUCAUAUGCAAGCGGCUCCCUCACAAGCUGAGUUGCUUUAUAAGAACUUCAAGAUCAAUAAGGAGAAGUUGAAGUCUCAAACUAAAGAUACAAUCAUGGAGAAGUAUGGUAAUGCUGCCACUGAUGAGGUUCUUCCCCGGGAACUCUUACUGGGCCAGAGUGAGAGAGAAGUUGAAUAUGACAGAGCUGGUAGAAUUAUAAAAGGCCAGGAGAUGUCACUUCCGAAAAGCAAGUAUGAAGAAGAUGUUUAUAUUAACAACCAUACGAGCGUGUGGGGCUCAUGGUGGAAGGAUCAUCAGUGGGGUUACAAGUGUUGCCAGCAGACGGUUAGGAACAGCUACUGUACAGGUGUUGCUGGUAUUGAGGCUGCUGAAGCUGCAUCAGAUCUCAUGAAAGCCAAUAUUGCUCGCAAAGAAGCUAAUGAAGGACAAUCUGCACCGACUGAAGAGAAAAGGAUGGCAACAUGGGGAUCUGAAGUGCCUGAUGAUCUGGUUUUGGAUGAGGAGAAGUUGGCUGAAGCACUUCAGAAGGAGGAUGAAAGGAGGAGAGAAGAACGGGAUGAAAGGAAGAGAAAAUACAAUGUGAAGUGGAAUGACGAGACAUAUAGUGGUGUUACAGCUUCAUAA